CUAUCAUAAAUGAUACUUCGACUCUAACAAUUAUUAUUUAUGGCCCACCUGUCAUCCGGUCGCAGAUUGGUUAUUCCUAAAUCAGAAUAGCUAGCGUUAUUUGUGGUUCUCGGAUGCCUUAUCACCGCCACGGACUUAUUAACAUGAUGAAGAUUUAAAUCCGAUGACCCAGUGCCAAAUCGGGUACUGUUUACCUACUUAUUUAAACCGUCCUUCAUUACCCCCCGCUACCUACCUACUUAUCCAUCCACCAUCAUACGUACCUACAUACAUACAUACCUAUAUAGCCAGUGUUCGUGACCCAUCAAAAGCUCAUCAAACGCGCAGACAGGCAUCAUUAUGGUCAAGGAACUCCCAUUUGGCGACAUUCUGGUUCCAUCACCAGGCUUCGGGGCCAUGGGUCUUAGCUUUGGUUUGGGGUCUAAUCUAUCUUACGAGGAGGCUGAGCCUGUUUUGUUGAAAGCGAUUGAGCUUGGAUGCACAUUCUGGGACACAGCGGUUGUGUAUCAAGCUGGAGUGAAUGAAAAACUCCUGGGAGACUUUAUCAGGAAACACGGCGUGCGCGACAAAGUAUUUGUUGCCUCGAAGUGUGGUUUUGAUGUCUUCGGAAAGGGGGAUGUGACCAAUUCUGCUUCCCACAUCGAGCAGUACAUCGAAGGAACGAUUGCGAGACUUGGCUUUGCUCCUGACCUCUAUUAUCUCCACCGAAUCGAUCCUAAAACCCCCCUCGAGGAAUCUAUUACAACUCUCGACAAGAUCCGCAAGGAAGGGAAAACCAAGUAUAUUGGCCUAUCUGAAUGCUCCGCUGCUACGUUGCGUAAGGCCAAUUCAAUUGCCAAAAUCGAUGCUGUACAAGCAGAAUACUCGGCUUUUGAGACAUUACAUGAGAGCGACGGUUUGAUACAGACGGCAAAGGAAUUGAAUGUGGCCUAUGUCGCCUAUAGCCCAUUGGGCCAUGGGUGGCUAGUUGAUAAUUUCGACUACAAAUCUCCGAAUGACUUUGCGCCCGAUGAUUUCCGCCGGACGGUCCCUAAAUUCCAGGGGGAGAACUUCUACAAGAAUCGCGCGAUCGUGGAGCAGAUCAAAAAACUCGCUUCUCAGAAGGGCUGCACAACGGCUCAGAUUGCACUUGCCUGGGUUGCCUCUCAGGGCAUGAUUGCCAUUCCGGGCACGACUAAGGUGAAGCGAUUGGAGGAGAAUUGGGCGUCCAGAGAGAUUGACCUAACGGAGGAGGAAAAACAUGAAAUGAGGAGAAUUGUCGAUGCUGCCAAGCCAUCUGGAAACAGAUACUCCGCGGCACAUGAGGCCUUAGUUGGACAUUAGUAUAUCUCUGAUUGGACUCAUCAGGAGUGAUGCGUUCGCAGCUCGGAUGCUGGAUCACUUGGCAUCUGCCUAUGCCUCAGCCCUUGUUACUCGUAGAGAAUCAGCUGCGCUCCGACAGUAUAUUGAGAGCUGCCCCGAAAGU